AUGGACGCCUCCGGAGACGCGCCCGCUUUAAGCGAGCAGGAGCUGCUGGCAUCGCUUCCUCCUCCUCCCUCGGCUCUCCCUGACUACCCAGGAAAAGCCGACGCCACCGACAACGAGCACAGUGCAUCGAAUGUCACCAAUGAAGAGACUCCGGAGCGCACAUCCUCUAACUCCAAGCUGCCUGGAUCCGCCGCCAAAGCUUCAUCCGCUGCGCGUUCCAUGGCCUCUAAGCUCGCAAAAAGCGGGCGUAAAGUACUGUCGCCGCUAGGCCACAGUAGUAAGAGCAACACAACAGCCACAUCGUCUCCUUCCUCUACAUCGACCCAAAGCGAGGCGGGGACGACCUCUCCGAGCUCAAUCGACGCCGCCAUCGCCGAUCCUUUGGGCUCUGUGGCCUCUGCUGCCGGCUCUUUGACCUCAGGCCUCACAUCGUCGCUAGCCAGCGCGUCAUCGUCCUUCGGAUCGCUACUAUUCGCGUCCCAAAGCUCCAGUGUAAGCAACGCUGACGACGUGGAAGAUCGCUCGAGUAGCGCUGACAAAGCAGCUGAAGAGGCUGCAGCGGUUGCUGCAGAGGCUGCAGCGGUUGCUGCAGAGGCCGCAGCAGUCCUACGACAAGUGACAGCUCAGCAGAGAAUGAGGAUCCUGGAGGAUUUAGUGCAACACCGUCGCUCGGACUGGAACUACCUUAAAGCGAUGCAUGAAGGCUCCAACUACUGGUUAAAUGUGGCUCUACUAAGAGAGCAGCAAGUGAUGAAUCAUGUGGGGUACAAGCAAAGUAUCCGACGUGGUGCGCAGUUUUUCUACUUGGGGAUUGGAUUAGGGCGAUUGGUGGGGGAAUCGACCCACCCGGAACUACUGGCUAUGGACUGCUGCCAAUUACUGGAAGAACUGGAAUUUUACUUCUCGUCCUCGACGGUGCAAGGAAUGAAAAUGAUGGUGGCGACGUCAAGCACGCUACACGAGCCUCUGGACACGGAGAAUAGUCCGCAAUACUCAGCCGAUGAGCCAUUCCGGCCCACUAUGCACAAGUGGAACCAGCGGCCAGUUUAUCGACGACUAUUGACGCCUCCGAUUCCUUUUCCACUGGACUACCGAGAGAUUUUGCUGUCUUUGUGCGAUAUUCUAGCGCUCAUUUACAGCAAACUCGUCGAGGAUAACAGUGCGUCUGAGAACUUAAACCUCUUCCAGUCGAUCAUUCGCUUCGAUGAUCGCAUUAAGAAAGAGUUUUCAGCCGUAGCGUCUCAAGUAAUGGCAGAGGAGAUGCGACUCGUUCGCAAGGCCUACGCGUGUGGAAGUCGGGACGGAGAACCUCUAGCAGCGAGUCCGACGGAAAGUAUUGAAACCAAUGCCGCCACUGUGGAUGGGAAUUAG